AUGUCCAACAAGCCGACAGCUCUAAUUACUGGCUGUUCCGAAGGCGGAGCCGGUCACGCCCUCGCUCUUGAAUUCGCAGCCAAAGGCUACCGAGUCUUUGCGACUGCUCGAUCCAUCAAAUCGCUUACAGGUCUUCAAGAGAAGGGCAUUGAGCUUCUGACACUUGACGUGACAAAGUCGGAGAGCAUAUCUGCUCUCAAAGAUGAGAUCAUCAAGCGAACGGGAGGAAAGUUGGAUAUUCUGUUUAACAAUGCUGGCAUGAUGUACGAGGCCCCUGCCAUUGAAGCCGACCCAGAACAAGUCCAGAACAUGUUCAAAACCAACGUCUUUGGCCUCUUCGACAUGGUCCAAGCCUUCACCUCGCUUCUCCUCGCAUCAGUCGCCGACUCAAAAACAACACCAACCAUCAUCAACACAGCGUCAAUCGUAGCGCGCGUACCCUACUACUUCACCGCCCAGUACAACGCCACCAAAGGAGCAGUAGCCUCUUACUCUGACACUCUACGUCUUGAACUUGCUCCCCUCGGUAUCAAGGUCAUCACUUUAUACAUGGGAGUGGUGGCCACGCAUCUUACAUCACCCGACAAGCAGCUCCUUUCUCCAGAUAGCAUCUUCAUCGAUGCCGAGGAAGGUCUCCGUGAAAGAUCCAGACUCCAUCUCAAGAAUGGUACCAAGCCUGAAGAGUUCGCACGAUUGGUGGUUAAGGACGUUUUGAAGAAUACGACGGCUUUGAGCAAGGGCGAAUAUAUCUGGCAGGGAGCGAAUGCGUAUGUUGUUUGGCUUCUUAAUGCGAUUGGAUGGAGAAAGAUCUUUGAUGGGAUCUCUGAGGGAGGCGUCGGUCUUACGAAGGAUGUGAAGAAGGCGAUUUACAAGAAGGGCCAGGGUAGUCUGCCAAAGACUAGUUAG